UUUUGUAGAUCUGGACCUGGUCACCAUGAGCUGUGUGGCAGAGAGCAACCCCAGCAGCUAGGAGCUCCGCCCCCACUCAUUUCCCCCAAACCCCAGCAUAAGGAGCACCAUUCCAGCCCAGCCGUCCUGUGGAACCCAGUGACCCUGAUGGAUAACCACACCGAGUCCCGUAAGAGCCACGAUCACCACAUGCUGAACAACUAUGCUGGCCACUACGACACACACCGGCAAGUGGGCCCGCCAAUCAAGAUGGAGAAGAUCCACAGCCACGAGGAGAGCGCCAAGAGGCGUGACGGUCCUGAGAAGUAUCAGCCAUCGCGGGGCCCAGGCUCCCUGGAGCACGCCUCGCACUCUCACUCUUACGGCCCUCCGUUUGCAGAGCUGGAGAAAUCUGCCCAGUCCAUUCUUAACCAGCAGCGGAUGUCCAUGCCCUAUCUUGGGCCGUGCAGCGACAUGAGCUUAUUGCACAAGUCAACGUCCUCCUAUAGACAGCCCCUGAGCCUCCCACGAGCCCCAGGGCCUAUGUAUGUCUAUGAUGAACUCCUGCAGCGCCACCGAAGGCUGAUAAGCAAGCUGGACCUCGAAGAGAAGAAGCGGAAAGAGGCUAAAGAGAAAGGUUAUUACUAUGACUUUGAUGACUCGUAUGAUGAAAGUGAUGAAGAGGAAGUUCGAGCACAUCUCCGGCGAGUCGCUGAACAGCCACCUCUGAAACUUGACGAUUCAUCUGAG